AUGCGCAUCGAUGGACUUACCUCGCCCUCCCAUCCCAUCGCCAUCACACUUGGGGCUCUGUCACCUGGAAGUGAAAAGAGAGAAAGUAACAAGGCUUCAGUUACGCUAGCUCAAGAAAGUGCGGCUUUGGAUCAAGACUUCGUUCUCCUAAUUAAUGUCAAGGGCUUGGGUGACCCGAAUGCUGUGCUCGAGACUCAUAGUACCAUUUCCAAUCAUCGAGCAUUAAUGGUUUCCUUGGUUCCGAAAUUUGCUUUGCCAGCCCAUAACCCAGAAAUUGUUUUCGUCGUUGACAGGAGCGGAAGCAUGCGUUCCAGCAUGUCAAUUCUUCGCUCAGCAAUGUCGGUUUCUCUAAAAUCUUUGCCUUCCGGAAUACAUUUCAACCUCUGCUCUUUCGGCAGUGGCUGUGAAUUUCUAUGGCCGCAGUCAAAACAAUAUACACACGACAAUCUGGACCAGGCUCUCAAGUAUGCUGGUGCAUUCGCAGCCAAUUUCGGUUCGACCGAAACAUUAAACGCACUUACCGCCACGAUCCGGAAUCGACUCACGUACUUGCCACUAGAGAUCAUACUUCUGACGGACGGGAAUAUCUCGCAUCAGGAAGAAUGUUUCAAAUACCUGAACGGGGAAGUGAAAAAGAGCCAGGGAGCGAUCAGAGUAUUUCCCCUAGGUAUAGGAAAUGGUGUUUCUCAUGCAUUGCUCAAUGGGAUUGCCCGAGCAGGAAACGGCUUUCCCCAGGCUGUACAGAGGGGUGAAAGUAUGAAUGAAAGUGCUAUUCGAAUGCUGCGCGGCGCACUUUACCCCCAUAUUACUGACUACACCAUGGAGGUCAUAUACGAAUCCGAAGACGAUGAUCUCGAGAUCAUUGGAAGAGUUACAGACAGUAUGAAGCUCCUUCUAUCGAACAAUGAGGAGAAAAUAGAAGAACCAAAACCCCCGAUGCUUCCUACAAUCUCUCUGUUCGACCCUACCUUUGAAGAACCUGGAGAUACGGUCAUCAAGACUGGACCUCGUCAACAGCUAUCAGAAUUGAUUGAUUGA